UUUCCCCCCCGCAAUGGAGCGUGACGUGACGGCCCCAGAGGCACACAGGCGUGAUCCGGACAGCCGUGGCCAACCUUGACCGUGAGACCCAGGACCGCUACGAGGUGGUGAUCCGAGCCACAGAUAUGGCUGGGCAGCAGGGCGGUCUUUCCGGCUCCACUACAGUGACCAUCGUCAUCACGGAUGUGAACGACAACCCCCCUCGCUUCCCACAGAAGAUGUACCAGUUCAGCAUUGUGGAGACGGCUCCUGUGGGCUCGCUGGUUGGCAGGGUGAAGGCGGAAGACUCGGACGUGGGCGAGAACACGGACAUGACCUACCAGGCCAAGGACGAGGGAGGCCUGGGAGCCUUCCGGGUGACCACUGACAGCCAGUCCCAGGAAGCUCUGCUCUCUGUGCAGAAGGCCCUGGACUUUGAAGCCCAGCCAGUGCACACUCUGGUGGUGGAAGCCCUGAACAAGUAUGCGGACCCUCGCUUUGCCGACUUGGGCACCUUCCGGGACCAGGCCAUCGUCCGGGUGUCUGUGCUGAAUGUGGACGAGCCGCCAGAGUUCCAGCCCCCCCAUGGACUGAUGGAGGUGCAGGAGGACGCGCUCGUGGGCUCCGUGGUGGGCGCGGUCACUGCCCUGGACCCAGACGCAGCUAACAAUCCCAUCCGGUAUGCCAUCGACCGGACCUCCGACCUGGAACACAUCUUUGACAUCGACCCCGAGACGGGCACCAUUGUGACAGGCAAGCUGCUGGACCGGGAGACGGCCGGUUGGCACAACAUCACCAUCCUGGCCAUGGAGGCAGACAAUCAGAGGAAAGUGUCCAGGACGUCCCUCCAGAUCCGCAUCCUGGAUGUGAACGACAACCCACCUGAACUUGCCACUCCUUUUGAGGCUGCUGUGUGUGAGGAUGCCCAGCCAGGAGAGCUUAUCCACACAAUCAGCGUUGUGGAUCGAGACGAGCCCCAAAGUGGCCACCACUUUUAUUUCACGCUGGCCCCAGAGGCUUCGGGCAGCCGUCACUUCUCUCUGCUGGACAUCACGGACAACACAGCUGCGGUGCGGACCCAGCGCCUGGGCUUCAACCGGAGGGAGCAGGACCUCUUCCUGUUGCCCAUUCUGGUGGUGGACAGCGGACCCCCGGCUCUGAGCAGCACGGGGACCCUCACCAUUCGUGUCUGCGGCUGCGACAGUUCGGGGACCAUCCAGUCCUGCAACGCCACAGCCUACGCCAUGGCCGCCUCGCUCAGCCCCGGGGCGCUCAUCGCCUUGCUGGUCUGUGCCCUCAUUCUGGUGGUGCUGGUGCUGCUCAUCCUGACCCUCAAGCGCCACCAGAAGGGGCAUUUGGCCUCCGAGGAGGACGAGGACAUGCGGGACAACGUGAUCAAGUACAACGACGAGGGGGGCGGGGAGCAGGACACGGAAGCCUACGACAUGUCGGCCCUGCGCAGCCUCUACGACUUCAGCGAAAGCAAAGGGGGCGGCGAGGGGGGGCCGGGCCUGCCCUCAGAACUCCGAUCCCUGCCGCAGUGGGGCCAGGCCCCCGACCUGGACUUCUCCCUGUUCAGAGACUACAUCAGCAGGAAGGUGGGGCUGGCGGACGAGGACCCCUCGGUGCCCCCCUACGACUCCUUCCAGACCUACGCCUUCGAAGGGGCGGACUCCCCUCUCACCUCCUUCAGCUCCAUCAACUCCCGCUCCACGGGCUCCGAGCAGGACUUCUCCUAUCUCAACAGCUGGGGGCCCCGCUUCCGGCAGCUGGCGGCUCUCUACGCUGGGCGCCGUGGCGAGGAGGACGCAGCAGAGUCCUAAUCCCCGGCCAGCGGAGAGCCCAUCGAGCCCCCUGGAGGCAAUGCCAGAAGGACUGUGGCUCUGUGAGGCCACUGCAUGGGCGGGCACUGCCCAGAUGAGCCAUGGGUCUUGGCCAGAAGACGGGGCGGGGGGGGGAAGAGAGGCAGGGGGGCUUGGCGCCACAGACUG